CUGCUCCUCCAGCGGAGCCUGGAGCAGACACGAUUGCAGCCUCCAGGAGACAGAUGAAAGAGCUGGAUCCAGGAAUGUCAGUAUCUGUCCAGCAGUUGUGCGCGUCUUACAGGGGAGCAACGGUUGCGUUCUGAGUGUCAGGGUCGUACGAAGCAGCAAGAAUCACACAAGUGCCGACACAAACAUAUUUAAUCCGGAGCAAGAAACUGGUUGUUUCUAACGAACUUCGUAUCUGCACGAGGUUCAAUGUCACACGGGAACAUGAUGAUCGGCGUCUCUGAAAACGUGUUUCGGCCUUCCUUUCUAUUGCCACUGCUAUUUGGUGGGUGCCUCGCUUCAAAAAUAUUGGUGGUUGCUCCCACUCCAUCCAUUAGCCACCAGAAGCCGUUCCAAAUCUUAACAACAGCUCUUCUUCAAAGAGGGCACCAAAUCACAUUCUUCACCGCUAAUCCAUUGAAGAUUAGUCAUGAGAACUUAACAGAAAUCGACUUAUCUGUGGGGUACAACAUCAUCGGCGAUUUGGACCUGGAAUCUACAGCGCAGCAGUCCCCCGUGGAGACGAUGUCGAUGCUUCGAGACGCCACACCAGUGUGUGUGCAGUGGAUGCUGAGGCAACCCGCCGUCCAGAGUUUCAUCAGUAAGCGAGACAACUUCGACUUGGUGAUCAUGGAGCGGAUGCCAUCCCAGGCUUUCUUCGGCCUGGUCCACAACGCGGGUUCGCCUCCGCUGGUGGGCAUGAUCACGCUGCCGGCGUUCGCGCCCGUCUACCACGCCAUGGGCAACCUCAUGAACCCGGCCUACUCGCCCGACGUCUGGGUCGGGUACUCCGACCAUAUGAGCUUCUGGCAGCGCACGUACAACGCCUACUUCCAGCUGAGGUUCUGCUACAUGUGGUACUUCCAGAUACAGCCGACCCAGGAGGCGAUCAUGAGGCAGUACUUCGGACCGGGACCACCGCCAGUGCACGAGACGGAGCGAAACGUGAGCCUCCUCAUCAUCAACAGACACUUUUCCGUCGACUACCCUCGCCCCCUUUUACCCAACAUCCUGGAGAUCACUGGUAUCCAUGUGCAGACGCAGACGAAGCCAUUGGCGAAGUACUUCAAACCAAAGAACUGA